GUGUGAAGAAGAAGAAGAAGUGAAUUAUUGUUUUCUCGUCUUUUUUUCAAUAGACUAUAAUGGCUCGUAGCUGUAGAUUUUAUCGAACAAACAACACGCAUUGGAUGACGGUCAACAGACAAGUGGAGGUGUCUCAAGAAAGUUAAGAAAGUGCAAUUCACCAACCCUACAGGGAGGUGUGCAGCAGCUCAAGAAGCAAUUCCCAGUCAAUUGUGGCAUCGCACGUUGCUCGUGACGCACAAACACAAAUACGAGGGUAAAUGGCUCAUACGUUUUGGUUGCCGAUUCGGUAACCUUACACGCCAUUACACGCAUCCUCAACGCUUCCACCAGACGCACAAAAAUUAGUGAUCGGAAACAAACUUGACGCCACUUCCGGAUAAUGCCAUGGAUCGUGUGAAGCUGUGCGAUCAGAUACUGCUGCAGAAGCUGCACCUGCUGAGCAAUGAGGUGCUGCGUACGAACCAUGGCAUCACCGAACGGGACAUGGAGGAAGCGUUCAAGCAAUCGAUCGGUUACCGUGCUCCCAGGUUCUUCCCGCAGAACGAUGGCAUCUUGGCGAUCGUGUACAGUGCCAUAUUUGUGGUGGUGCUCUUUAUCAUCACACCGUUUUUGGCCGGGUUCCUCGAGCUAGCGCUCGGUAUGCGCUGCAUCGUGCCAAACAACUAUCUUAUCUGGGAAGCGACGCGUCCCGUUUCGAACUGUGACUUUUGCCGCGGGGUCGACCGGCCAAUAAUACUGCAAAAUUUGACGCGUGAAGAGUUCCAACCGUACGCCUACUCGUCGCGUCCCAUCAUCAUCAAGCGGGCGGUGUCCCAUUGGCCGGCAGUUCGGCAGCUUAACUACACGUUCCUGAAGGAUCUGUACCUCAAGCACCCGGCAGCGCUGGACAGUCUGCACGAGGACUGUCAGUUUUUGCACUUCAAAUCCAACUUCCAAACGUUGCGCGAUGUCUUCCGGAUGUCGGACGAGCGGGCCGAAUUUCGGGCAGGUCAGCAACCAUGGUACGUCGGCUGGAGCAACUGCAAUCCGGCCGUGCUGGCGGAACUGCGGAAGCUAUACCCGAAGCCCCACUUUCUGCCGGACGAUGCCGAAAUGCCCAACACAGAUUUUGUGUUCCUCGGGUACGAACAGGGCGCUGUAAUGCAUAUUGAUUACAUCCCCCGGUUGAUGUGGCAGGCUCAGUUGCGGGGCAACAAGAGCUGGAUCUUAGCUCCAACGCCCGAAUGUGAUGCUGAAUGUCGUAGUUUUAGCUUCUACGUCGAACCGGGUGACGCGUUGCUGGUUGACACGCGGCUUUGGUAUCACGGUACGUUUAUCCAUUCGAAGGGAGAGUUUUCUCUUACCAUACAGUCUGAAUAUGGGUAAAACACCACAGAGGACAGAAGGAUACCAACGACAAAAAAGACGUUAGACCGGAAACGCCAAUUAGUAUGAUGUAAAGAUUUCUGCACCUUUUGCUCGAUCGCAGUGGAUCGUUUAACGAUCGUUAGUAGUAAUAGUCGAGUAUAAGUGCAUAACGACGAGGUGAUGCAGCAGUUUCACCGAUCAACAAUCAUCAACAAAGCAACCCGUGUGCUUCGUAAUUUUAACUCAGUGCUUUGCGAUUUCGUUCUCAAGUGUGUUUUUAGUGUAAUUUUUGUGUUUUAUGAAGUGUUUGCAGUGUAUUUGUUUUUUUUUUCAUUUGCUAGUGCCAUUUUAACAUAUUUAUUGUACAGUAGUGGUUUCAUUUACGUGUUGUGCUGUAUGUUUUCUUACAUUUUUAUUUGCAAAUUUAACCGAGUGUACGCGUGUGUGCUAAGUAAUGUUGAACGUUCGCCUGUCUGCUGCACACAACGAUCAAACCUAUUGUUUUCGGUAUGCAUUUCUUUUUGUAUUUUGAUUUUCUCUUAGCUUCCAGUGUAUAUAGGUAUAUAAUUCAAACCAUUCUCAGCGACGAGAUGUGGUUUGUCUAGAUGUAGAAAAGAAAAGGGAUAAUGAGUGAAUGGAUGAUACAUUAUUUACAAUGCAGCAACAAAACCAAAACCGUUCCGAGAGCAAUAAAUCUGAUUGUAGCUAAUACACGUUUAGUGAUACGGUAAAAUGUGUCAAAGAAACACGUA